AUAUUCCUGCACCGUGGUUCUGGGGUCGGACUUCUCUCUCCUGUAGCAAUAUAGUAGUAUUAUAUAUAUGGUGAAUACUCUCGUGAGUAUCGAACGGUUUUCAUUCAUGAGCAAGAUGUCGACCGCCGAGCUGAAUCCGAGACCUCUCCGGGUUUCUCCUUUUAUUAAGUUCUGCCGUUGGAGUUUACUUAUUACUGGGAUCGCAUAUGGUGCAUAUUUUCAGCGUAAAUUUAGUAAAAGAGAAAAUGCUCGCAGAGAAGAAGAACUGAGACUUAAACCUAUGCGUGAUGCCAAGCUAGCUGAAGAGAAAAGGCUUACACUUAUAGCGGAACAACAAAUGCUUGAAGAUUUAAUGAAACCAAAACCAGCUGCUUAAAUUUAAUUUGUUUGAUAUUAGAAUAUAUGUUCAUAAAAUGUUAAUUGAUGUAUAUGUAUCUAUGAUAGACAGCAUAUUAUUCCAACAUUGAAAACACAGUUAGUCAAUGUACACCAUCGUACAUUGUAUAAAAAAGUCUAAUAAAAAUCUAUGAAAUUUAUGUACUACAUAUACAUGUAACUCGAUAUACAUAUAAUAGAUCAUAUACAUAUAAAGACAA